CCAGCCAGCCAGCCUGGCCUGGUGGGCUGAAGGGCUGACGGCUCCCGCAAGGGAGGGCGGGUGGCUGGACCGGCGGGCGAGGAAGCAACACGUGCGGGGAGCGGCGGCAGCGGCGGGGCUGUUGUUGCGGGGCCGCCCUCGCCAGGCUUCGGUGGCGCCGCUGCGCCUAACGGGCUGCAGGACGACGAGCACGCGCGCUCCCCCACGGCGCUGCAGGAGCCCCGAGGAGAGGAGGCUCGGGGGAGGCUCGGAGAGGAGGCUCGGGCGGCGCGAGGCGGCAUCGCUGCGCUCCUGGCCGGCCGGCAGGCAGGCAGGAGCGGGGCCCUGGGACGGCUGCUGCUAAAGAUGGCUGAGAAGCUGGCUCCCCCCGGGGAGCUGUUCCUGCGCAAGGGCCGGGAGUCGGUCUCCUCCCUGGAUAUGGACCGCCUGGCCCCCGGCGAGGCAGCCGGCGAGGAGUCCUCGGAUAGCGAGGGAGAGCAGGACGGCAGCUCCCACAAGCUCAUCCGCAAAGUGUCCACCUCUGGCCAGAUGAGGACCAAGAAGAGCGUGAAGGAGGGACUCCUGCUGAAGCAGACAAGCUCCUUCCAGAGGUGGAAGAGGCGGUACUUCAAACUGCGCGGGCGGACCCUCUACUACGCCAAGGAUUCUAAGUCUCUGAUCUUUGAUGAAGUAGACCUGUCAGAUGCCAGUGUAGCAGAAACCAGCACCAAGAAUAUUAACAACAGCUUCACGGUUAUUACACCAUUCCGAAAACUCAUCCUCUGUGCAGAGAAUCGGAAAGAGAUGGAAGACUGGAUUGGUGCCCUGAAGUCUGUCCAGAAAUGGGAAAUCAAUGAGGCCUCCCAGUUCAACAUGGAGCACUUUUCUGGCAUGCACAACUGGUAUGCCUGUUCCCAUGCUCGGCCCACCUUUUGCAAUGUCUGCCGGGAGGCACUGUCUGGAGUCACCUCUCAUGGUCUUUCUUGUGAAGUUUGCAAGUUCAAGGCCCACAAACGCUGUGCUGUGAGAGCUACCAACAACUGCAAAUGGACCACUUUGGCCUCCAUAGGAAAUGACAUCAUUGAGGAUGAAGAUGGGGUGGCCAUGCCCCACCAGUGGCUGGAAGGAAACCUCCCGGUCAGUGCCCGCUGUGCUGUUUGUGACAAGACGUGUGGGAGUGUGCGGAGGCUGCAGGACUGGCGCUGUCUCUGGUGCAAAGCAAUUGUCCACAGUGCAUGCAAGGAGCAGCUGGGGAAGAAGUGCCCCUUGGGGCAGUACAAGGUGUCCAUCAUCCCCCCUACCAUCCUCAACAGCAUUGACUCGGAUGGUUUCUGGAAGGCCACCUGCCCCUCCUCCUGUUCCAGCCCACUGCUGGCCUUUGUCAACUCCAAAAGUGGGGACAACCAGGGAGUCAAAUUCCUGCGCAAGUUCAAGCAGUUCCUCAACCCGGCCCAAGUCUUUGACCUGAUGAAUGGGGGGCCACACCUGGGGUUGCGCCUCUUUCAGAAGUUCUCCACUUUUCGGAUCUUGGUAUGCGGCGGUGAUGGCAGCGUGGGCUGGGUGCUGUCUGAAAUCGACUCACUUGGACUACACAAGCAGUGCCAGCUUGGUGUCCUGCCACUAGGGACUGGUAAUGACCUGGCUCGGGUGCUUGGCUGGGGCAGCCUUUGUGAUGAUGACACACAGCUAAUGCAAGUUCUGGAGAAAUUGGAGCGAGCCACCACCAAAAUGCUAGACAGGUGGAGCGUCCUGACCUAUGAGGCCCCCAAACAGUCUCCUCCGGCCAUCAAAGAAGAGGAGAAUGAGGAUUCCAACAUUCAGGCUCAAAUUACCCACUAUGCUGACUCAGUGGCCUUCCAUCUGGCAAAGAUUCUGGAGUCCGACAAACACUCUGUGGUGAUUUCUUCUGCAAAGUUCCUCUGUGGGACAGUGAAUGACUUUGUGGCUGAAGUUGGCAGAGCCUAUGAGCGGGCAGCUGACAGCAAGCAGGAAGCCGACACCAUGGCUCGCAAGUGUGCAAUGCUGAAUGAGAAGUUAGACUCCCUGGUUCGGGAGCUGAAUGAUGAAUCACAAGCUAUUGUAGUCCCUGAAGGCACAGCGCCGGCAACCUUGCCCAGUCCUGAAACCCCAGACAACAGCAAGGAAGUGACGUUCCAUCCCAGCCCCGUGCCUAGGAUUUUUAAGUCCAAGGAGCAGCUCAUGCUGAGGGCCAACAGCCUGAAAAAGGCCCUGCGGCAGAUCAUUGAGCAGGCUGAGAAAGCUGUGGAUGAGCAAAACAAGCAGACCCAGACCUACAGGAGCAUCACAGUUGCAAGCAAGAAGGACAGCAGUGAGGAUUUCAACAAGGAGACAGAGAAACUCAAAUCCCGCCGGGACACUGUCAUCAGCACCACUUCCUCUAUCAUCCUGGACAGACCUGACAGCUUCAGUGCAGUUCACUUUGUUGAGGACCCAAAUGCCAUACAAUUUUCCGAAAGAUGUGUCAUGAAUAAUUAUUUUGGCAUUGGUCUGGAUGCCAAGAUCUCUCUGGAAUUCAACAACAAAAGGGACGAGCAUCCCAAAAAAUGCAGCAGCCGAACAAAGAACAUGAUGUGGUAUGGAGUUCUGGGAACUAAGGAGUUGCUCCAGAGGACCUACAAGAAUCUGGAGCAGCGCGUCCAACUUGAGUGUGAUGGGGUACCCAUUUCCUUGCCUAGCCUGCAGGGCAUUGCCGUGCUGAACAUCCCCAGCUAUGCAGGAGGUAUCAACUUCUGGGGAGGCACCAAGGAAGAUAGUAACUUUGGCGCUCCCUCCUUUGAUGACAAGAAGCUGGAGGUGGUUGCUGUCUUUGGCAGCAUCCAGAUGGCGGUGUCACGGGUCAUCAACCUUCAGCAUCACCGCAUUGCACAGUGCCGAAUGGUGAAGAUCACAAUUCGAGGAGAUGAGGGAGUCCCAGUGCAGGUGGAUGGAGAAGCAUGGAUCCAGCCUCCUGGCAUGAUCAAAAUCCAACACAAGAACAGAGCUCAGAUGCUGACUAGAGACAGGGCUUUUGAGAGCACCCUCAAAUCAUGGGAGGACAAGCAGAAGGGUGAGGGCUACCGAUCCGCAUCCCGCCCCCGCCUCAGCUCCCAGCAGUCCAUGGAGAACUUGACGGAGGAGGAGCACUGCCAGAUGCAGCAGCUUGCCCAAGUGACAGAAACGCUCAUCAGCAGGAUUCGUGAAGCUGCCAAGACACGCAAAGCCAUAGAGCAGGAGUUGGCGCAUGCCGUGAAUGGCAGCUCCUUGGCACUGAGCGAGGCCUUGCCCAGCAAAGGUGGUGGCAGCAGCCCUGAGGUUCUGAGCAGAAGCACAGCAGUGGAAGUGUCAGUGAGUGUGAAAGCCCUUUACACUGAAACCCGAGCUUUCUUGGAGGGGAAAUUGCAGUUGGAUUCCACCCAGCAAGAAGAAGGACUCCGGCAUGCCCUGAGUGCCGUCGGCCAAGAACUUCAGAAACUUUCCGACAUUCAUUGGAUGGCACCAAUUAUCAACUCUGCUGAGGAGGUGGGGGCUCCCACAACUGAGUCUACUGGUAGCGGCAACAAGGGGAGCCUGAAAUUACGCAUCAACCUGGCCAAGCCCAAGCGAGAGAAGGAGAAACCCCAGAAGCAGAAACCCGGCAGCCUCACACCAGUGGACAAAUGGGGCCCUGAGGAAGUGUCAGCCUGGCUGGAGACACUUGAUUUAGGGGAAUACAAAGACAUUUUUAUGCGCCACGAUAUCCAGGGCCCUGAGCUGAUCUUGCUGGAGAGAAGAGACUUGAAGGAUCUCGGGAUAUCAAAAGUGGGCCAUGUGAAGAGGAUUCUACAGGGAAUUAAAGACACUACCAGCCAGCUUUAGGUGCCAGCAGGAAGGGGCAGCCACGCCCUCUAGCCCCCUGUGUUUCAACUGCUGGUCUGUCUUGACUUCUAGAACCCCCACAUCUGAUUUGGACCCAGUUUGAGCCUUUUGGCCCUGGAACCCUGACUCAAGGACAGCUUCCCAUGCAUUCCAUGCAAUGAGUUGACAUUUCUGUGUCUGCCAAAGAUUGUGGCUUGGCUGUGUACGUCUCUCUUUGCCUCUUGCUCCCUCCUUUCCCUGUGGCACUCCUUGUGUCUUUUUUGGUUCAUGUGUUUGAGCUGCUUUAAGUGAAACCAUUCAUUUCCAUCCAUUCCUGGUACUUGGUUUGGGGGUGGGGGUGGGGAGCUUUUCCAGCUGCUCCUGGGCUCACUACAUAAAGCUUUAGUGCCUGGCUGUGCUGUGAAACACUAUGUCAUGACAAGAAGCAAGCUGCAGGGGAGGUUAACAGGAAGCUCAGCUGGGUAAUUAUGGCCUAGAGGACCCCGAAACUGCAGGAGAGAAGGACAUGCUUCAGAGGUCUCCUGGCUUCUCCGUUGAGCCAAACCCUUGUCCUCUGCUUGAUGGCUUCUCACCUGCAGACAGAAACACCCCAGGUGUGCUGCCUGUCCAAUAAAACCAAAAGCAGUGGCAGGCCGUGGCUGCUUUCCUCUGAAAGUCUCCAGGACAUUUACCAGCUCUAUGCCAGGCAGAAACGUAAUAGGUAUAGCUGCCCCUGCUGCUGAGCUGUCUGUUAUUAUUUCUAAUUUCCUAGAGUGCUUUCUUGUGUGGGUAGGUUGAGAGCCUCGUCCCAGAGCGAGAACCUCCAAGUUCCAUUGAUGCCUUCUUUACCCUCCCCUUCCUUUCUGUUUGAUUAGCUGGAAAUGGAAGGUGCCAAGGAGCAGGGGCCUCAGUGCUCACCUGAUUAAAAGAUGGUUUACAAGGGGACACCCUCCAGGAUGAUAUCAAUAGUAACUUGCAGUACGGGUGCUGGAUGUUGCUGUCAAGUAGGAAAGGUGCCAAAUUUCCAAUGGGGAAGCAGUGUAAGCAGCCACAAGCUUUUUGAGUUUUGCAGCCAUCAGCAGCAGCUAGAGAUUUUCUGUUCUAUUCAGAAAAAUGAUCAAAAAAUUAUGCACUAGAGCUUGGGACGGAAGCAUGUGUGUUCUCAGGAUUCCCCAGGUCUUGAGCAUGAGAAUACAUUUUGAAUGGGUUGUGUUCUGUGCCCUACCUGGAGAAGGCACUACCUUGGCACCAUGUCCUCUGCCCGUGGCUUGUGGCCAUCUGCAUGGCUGAUAGAGGAGAAUCAAGGAAGCCCUUUCUGCUUCUUCCUAAGCUGCUGAAGUGAAAUAAUUACCCUACCCAUUUCUGGGAGAGAAUGUAACUAGUUUGGAGAGAAAGAUAUUUAUUUAAAUGUUUAAUAUAUAAAGCUUAAUUUAUUUUUCAUCCGUGUCGUGCAAUUCCACUUUUCAAGCCCCUCGACAAAAGCUGUCUUGUCCGUUCUGACUGCCAGCUGUCCCAUGCUUGCCUGUGAAGUGAGAUGUGGGGGGUGGGGUGCACCUCUGGGCCUUUCUCAGGGCGGUUAAGCUCUCUGGCCAUCACUGUUUGCCUGCUGGCUUUGCUUUAACUGUGGCAAACCAUCUCAUGUGCCGAUACAAUCACUGCUGCAUGAGCUAGGCUCCGAAAGUCCCCGAUGCCAAGAUCCAAGCAGUUUCCAUAGGACCGGUAUCGAGGGCAACUUGGACGGCUUCUGCUAGACGGUUUCGAGCAGAAGGACCUGCUCCCCUCCCCUCAGAGGCAGCUGCCACAGAAGUGUUGCAAAGAAAAGCUGGGCCUUGGUGAUCCCGAGGAAUGUGACGGGCCUAGCGCCCUGACUCAACACAGCAAGUGCUGGGCCACCUCCUCAUCUCUGCCACUCCAAUGCUAGCCUCUUUGCUGCCCUCUGUUACUGAAGCCACUGCUGUUAGCCUGAAGAUCAAUAUAUGCCACUCACAGGCACUAUCACACUGUCCUUUGCGGUAGCUCUGAGGACUCCAGACAGCGCAAGAUGCAUCUUCCCCUGUCUCCCAGCACCCUAAAGCAAAACAGCAAUGUGGGGGGAGGAGGGAGGGGAAGUCAAGGCUUAAAAUGAGGCUUGUGCCUAGGCCAAGCCAAUGCUGCCUCCUUCUGUGGUGCAUGAAAGAGGUAGAGCUAAAGCUAAUGCUACAGCCUGACAUAACUACAGCAGCCAAGGACUGGGAUGGGGGGUGGGGUCAGCAAACUAGAGCAGCCAGCUUUGAGGGGAGGGGACCCCUGUUGCUGACUGGUGCAGCUCUGCACAAUCUGUGCUGUUGGGGUGGGGAGGGAGGGUGUGUGGCUGCCAUCAUUGUUAUUUCUUGUGCUAAAGUGAUCGAUUUAUAUCGUGACUGUGAGUGUAGGGGGAGGGAAUUGUGGGGGAAGGGGUGUACAUAAUAUUUCCUCCUGAGGGAAUCUUGGAGGAGAGGAGGCUGCUUGCUCAGAUGAUCCUAGAGAAGGCCUUCCCUGAGGAAGCAGCAGCAAGCAGCACUCCUCAGUCCCUCCUAGAGGGCUACUUUUGUUGGCCAGAGGCCCCAGACCCAGUUCCAAUGCUCCCUUGCCUGAUGCUGGCUCUCCAAAGCAGAAGAGGUAAAUCCUACCAGCUGCCCUUACAGAGCAUGCUUCCCACCAGAAGUCAGGGAUAGCCAGCCUCUCUUCUUUAAGGAAAACAACUGGAACUAUGAAGGUUGUUGCUGUCUGGAGUCAAGUGGGCAACUGCUAUGUAGGACACACCCCUGUUGCCCUGACUGGCCCUAUAACAUCUUUGCCGGUCUUUUUGACUGCAGCUUUCAGGAGAUGGAAGCAAAAAUUGGAGCUAGAAAGACAGCAAAACAUUUCUCAGUCCCUGCAUAAAACUGAUGCACUGAAAGACAGCCAGAACCAAAAGCCAAGCAGAUUGGUCUUUCAUUUCAAAAAGAGUGGGGGGAGAGACAUGACUCUUACUCAUGGAAGGAAUUAAUUUUUAUUCCAUUCUUAAAGGUCAGCCCCACCCAACCAGGGCUUGAAGGCAGCAGUUAAGCCCUGCAGUUCCCCUCCCCACUGCCUUUUAUCCCCAUCACCUUCUUGCAGGGGAGGUAAGAGUGAACUGCCCGCCCCCAAACCCUGUACUGCUUGUUCAAUAAAUGAGGCAGCUGAUCUGCUCCUGCCAAGAGUCUCAUGUCUUUUCCUGGCUGCCUGACAGGCAAAAAAAUCAACAGACGAGGCCUUUUCCUUAUGCCACACUCCGCAGCCCAGCAAAAACGUUUACCUGUGGGUUGCUGCUAGAUGAAAACAUUCAGGUCCUAGAAGUAGGACCAGCACACCACUCCUAGCAGUAUACUGGUCCUUUCCAGCACCCUUACAAUGAGAAAGACACACACACACACCGGGGGGGGGGGGGGGGGAGGGGCAGAUGACCCACCCCUCUCUGCUUGUGCUGUCUUGACAAAAAAAACCCCUGAAUUUUAAUUGCUACGUUCAGAAUUCAUGGAUGCCAGAAUAAACAACACAUAUGAGUGGGGACGA